AUGGACUCGAGCACUAGGCAUACGGUGAUUCUUGAUCUCUCUAACGAGUUACUCGGAAUGAUAUUCGAGGAGCUCAAGGCUUCUCUUCGGGGUUCCAACGACGAGAAAACGCACAUCGAAAGGACUCGGGCUAUCGGCAACGUGCGUCUCACUUGCCAGAGAUUCUGUAGCACUAGCUCCCAUAUACUCCUAGAUACUGUCACUGUCGAAAUGAACCUACUUUCGGUCCGACGAUUUCUGGAUAUGUCGCAGCAACCCCUCAUAGCACACGGAGUGCGGACAAUACGUGUCCUACUACACUACUAUGAUCGAGCCCUAGCAGAAAGCUUACAAAUUUACGGAUUUCAUAACGCGUUGAAAAUACACGAUGUCCAGAUUGUUUACCCCUCGAGAGCCCGCGAUGAAAUAGAGAGAGAAAUACGGAUACAAGAGAGGUAUGAAACAGAUCGGCGAUUAGUGAACAUACAGAUAGGGCAACUUAACUACGGCUCAUUCGAACGCAUGCUUCGAUCAGCUCACGAUAUUUACCGAUCUUUUUAUGAAGAACAGGAAUAUCUUCAAAAACAAAAACUUUUUAGUUACUGUAUAACCCGUGGAAUAGCCAGAAUGUCUGGUGUUCGGGAACUGGAAUUCUGUGACGGCAAGAUUCACAUGCCUUCCAUCCGCAACAUGAGAAGACCUGACAAAAUGCUACAAAUGAUGAUCGCCCCACAUACAUGGUUUGAAUCUGUUUACCAUGGACUGAAAUCGCCACCAUCUGAAGUCAUUGUCGAUUUACCACUCAUUCUUGGCGAAAUUGGGGUCCAGCUCCCUAGCCUCCGGAUCGAAGUUCUAUUGAAUAAGUCAAACUUGGGCGAAUUAAACCAGAAGUUCUUAACCAACUUGGCGGCUACAAUGACAAAUCUUAAGAAUUUCGCAUGUAUUCAAAAGCCCGAGCAUCGUUACGACAGGCGAGCCCCAACGCCAUUAUCAAUACCUGGUUACGUACGCGCCAUGUUAGAUGGUUCAAAUAUUGAAGAGAUCCAUCUAUACAACUACCCGAAGGGAGGAGGGUGUACUUUCGAUUCUAUACCACAAAUAUAUUGGCCAAAUCUGAAGAGAGUACGAUUGGGAAGGGCUCAUUUCCACUCAACAUGUCUAUGCCGGUUUUUACAUGGCUGCAAUCCGGUCGUUUUCAAGCACCUGCAUAUUCGGGAGAUGAUACUUUUGGACGGCACUUGGGCUGAGACUCUAGAUAUUCUACGGAGAUCUAAUUUGGUUCAUGUCACUAUCUACCGUCCUUUGGGCGGAGAGUCCUCAGCUCUGAGUAUAAAGAAGAGGAAGGAGUUUAACGAGUUGUUCAGGACCGACACGAGUGGCCUAAGCAAGGCCACGAAGUACAUACAGGGGUUAGCUACUGAUAACCCGGUUAUGGAAGUGGUUUAA